AUGAUGAUGAGCCUCUCCCCAUGCUCACAAGUGGACAUGUUUAUGCAAAGAUGCACAUCCCCAACGCUGACACAUGAAGAGAAAACCAACUUGUUAUCCGGUCUGGCCAGAUCCACCCCAGAGGCGCUUUCCAAGCUAUUUUCCAAAAAAGAAGCAAUAGCAGCCUUGCAAGAAUGGACGCUUCUUGCAAAUCAUUCGAGAGAGGAUUUAUUGAUUGCAGUUUUGGCCUUGCAUAAUUUGAACCUGCUCCCAUGGAAUCUAACCGAGCUGCAACAGUACAAAUUGGGGAGGACCGUUAAACUAGCGUCCUCUCUUGUGGUCAAAAGCGAUAAAUUCGAAUGUGAGCUAAAGAAAAUGCUCAUGACUAUUGAAGAGGGGCCGCCCAAUUUAUUAAUUAAACGAGAGGUUAUUUUAAAUGAGGUUGGUGAUGACGGGACAAAAUCUGCAGCCACUCAUAUCUCAAUUAAAAAGGACUUACUUGAUGGUAGUAGGAAUACCGGUAAAAAUCAUGGUUUAAUUUCCUCCAAAAGGGCAAUUUCAACUCAAGGUGUUGACUUUGGGAAAGCGAACGUUGCAGAUUUAAAUUCUCAUCAACCCAACAAACAUGAGGGUAUGGCAAAGUCUGGCGAUACUGCUAACCCUAUCUCAGUAAAAGGAGCCGUUCCUUUUGAUCCUUUUGAGUGCCAUUCAAUAAUAAAUAAAAAAUCCAGUCCAGCUCGCCAGCCCGCCCCAGAAAAGGGAGGUCCUGCUCUGAUGACUCAAAAGACCUCUAUUCCGGCCGCUCCGAAUGAUACCAGGGUCUCCUUUAAGCCAGAUGAACAACUUAUGCAGGUUUGUUUGUUUGAGCUGGACCCAACCGAGCGGAAAAAUCCCAAUUUCAAUCCCGCAAUGGCUUAUGGAGACCUCAAUGAUAAUGAUGAAGCCUUCCUGUCUUUGAAAAUUAAGGAAACAGAGGAUCUAUAUAGACCAUAUUCAUCUGUAAAUAGCCCCAUGCUUAUUCCCACAAUGAAAUGGAAACUGCCCAAAAAAUUGCAAUUUAAUGAACAUUACACGCUGGCAGAUGGAGCCAAUUCUUUGGAACGAUCCAGGCAGCGAGAGCAAAGGACCAAUAAUACUGACUUGUACCGAUGCACCGAUUUAUCCAGGUGUCCAUCGAACCCAAUAGAAUCGCCUCCAUACAUGCUGUCUUCUCAACCACCAAUAACAAUCCCAUUGCAUCCUAUCUCUUCAGCUCCCCAGCCCGUAGAGCAUAUAGAUGAAAAUGCGCUUGAUUCACUACUUGGAUCAUUGGCAAGCCCCUCGCAUGGCCUAUUUGAUUCCAUGGUAGGCCACCAAGAAUAUGCCUAUCCAAACUAUCAACACUAUGCGAUGCCUACACAAGGAUACCCGCCGCCCCAGCUGCUAUAUCCUCAAGCUAAUUAUCCUCAAUGUACUCUUGUUUCCCCGCCUCAGGCUAACAUGCAUCAGAUUCCCGGUACCCAAUCCCUACAAACUCAACAGGCUACUCCUAAAAUAAGACAAAUUAAUUGCCCUCCAGAAAAGCUUAGAAGGGUUAGAUGUCACUAUUAUGAUCCCAAAAAUCCCGUUGCCUGUGCAAGAGGGGAUAACUGUACAUUUCUUCAUCAAUGA